AUGAUGAACACAUUUAUGCCAUGUAAUUCUUCAAUAAAUGUUGGACCUAUCAAAAGUAAUCUGGGCUCAAAUCCAUGUAGAAGCUGCAUCUUGACGCGGCACCUAAGCAAGAAAAACUUGGCAUUUUGUUUUAAAAGCACCUCUGGGGUCAUGAGCGGAUUGGGGCAGCGUGUGCGCAACACAUAUGCAUCAGGCGCACCGGCAAAUUAUGUUCCUGGUUUGGGUCGUGGUGCCGUGGGUUUCACGACACGAUCAGAUAUCGGACCUGCACGCGCGCCAAUGACGCAAGACGGGACACAGGAUGCGCCGUUCCUGCCACCAGCCGGACGCGGACGCGGCGUCGAGAUUCCCGGCUCUAUUCCAGGUGUAAGUGCUGGUCGUGGCUCUGGAACUGCGGGAAUGGGCGGUUUUGGUCGCGAAAAGGAUGAAAAUGAGGAUUUUGGUGACUAUAGUGAGACGAAUUACGACGAAUUUAGUGGUUACUCGUCACGUGGAUUGUUUCAAGAUACUCCAUACGAUGCUGAUGACAAGGAAGCCGAUGAUAUCUACGGAAAAGUAGAUGAGCGUAUGGACUCACGACGAAAGAGACGCCGAGAAUUAAAACAGUUGGAAGAACUAAAGAAAGCACGUCGAGAAAUGCCGAAGAUCAGCGACCAAUUUGCAGAUCUUAAGAGCUCAUUGCAACAAAUGUCAGCUGCUGAAUGGGAAAGGAUUCCUGAUAUUGGAGACUACUCGCUUAAAUAUAAAACAAAUACAGCAUUGCAGAAACGCAACGAAAUGUUUGCUCCUGUACCUGAUAGUCUCUUGGGAGUAAAUGCAAGUCACUCCAUGAAUGUUAGUGGAACGAUUACACCUGCAGGUAAUGGAUUGGACACUUCCAGUGGAAUAACAAGUUCCGUAACGGGAUUAGCUGGUGCAAGAGGCGCUCAAUUAUCACAUAAGCUUGACAAGAUGUCGGACUCGAUCUCAGGACAGACUGUAGUAGAUCCAAAAGGGUAUCUGACAGACUUGAAUAGCUUAAAACUUACAAGUGAUGCUGAAAUUGGAGAUAUCAAAAAAGCAAGACUUUUGCUCAGGUCAGUCACGAUGACAAACCCAAAACAUGGACCGGGAUGGAUUGCGGCUGCAAGAUUAGAAGAAGUGGCUGGGAAAAUUGUGCAGGCGAGAAAGAUUAUUGCACAAGGAUGCGAGUCUUGUCCUACUCAGGAAGAUGUGUGGCUUGAAGCUUCUCGAUUACAAAAUCCAGAGAAUGCCAAGACCAUUCUGGCUAAAGCUGUACGACACGUGCCUAAGUCAGUCAAGGUUUGGCUACAAGCGGCGCAACUUGAGAGUGAUGAUGAGCUCAAAAAGCUCGUGAUGCGUCGAGCAUUAGAGUUUAUUCCUAAUUCGGUAAAGCUAUGGAAAGCGCUUAUUGAACUGGAAGAUGUCGAUGGUGCGCGGAUUCUUCUUGGCCGUGCGGUGGAGUGUGUUCCGCAAGCAGUGGAUCUGUGGCUGGCUUUGGCUCGACUUGAGACUUAUGAGAACGCUAAGAAAACGUUAAACAAGGCCCGAGCUGCAAUCCCUACGGAGCCUGCUAUUUGGAUUACGGCAGCCAAGCUAGAAGAAGCACAAGGCAAAAAUCUAGACAUGAUUGAUCGUAUUAUUCAACUAGCGCUCAAGUCUUUGCAGAAACAUCAAGUAGUGAUGAAUCGGGAAACGUGGUUGAAAGAAGCGGAGGCGUGUGAGCAAGCCGGUUCACCAUUGACGUGCGCGGCAAUUGUGCGAGCUAGCUUGGACGUUGACGUCGAUCCUGAAGAUAGAAAACGCACGUGGAUGGAUGAUGCAGAGAACAGCAUCAGCCGUGGGGCUUUGUUGACUGCGAAGGCUAUUUAUGCAGCUGCUUUGAAGUUCUUUCCUGGUAAGAAAUCAAUUUGGCUGCGUGCUGUAGCUCUAGAAAAGCAAAUCCAGGACGGUAAAAGCUCCGAGUCUGUCGAACAGCUGCUUCAAAAGGCCGUCACGAGCUGUCCUCACGCAGAGAUUCUAUGGCUGAUGGCUGCGAAGGAGGUCUGGUCAAAUGGAUCGGUCGAGAACGCCCGCUUGAUUUUGCGCCAAGCAUUUAGCGUGAAUCCAAAUAGUGAAGCAAUUUGGCUGGCUGCAGUCAAAUUGGAGUGGGAAAAUGAUGAAAUAGACUUAGCUCGAGCAUUGUUAGCCAAGGCACGAGCUCAAGCUCCAUCGCCUCAUGUAUGGAUGAAGUCUGUGUUACUUGAACGAGAAUGUGCUGAGAAUCGCAAAGAUGAAGAAAAGCUCAUUUUGGAAGGUGUUAAGUUGUAUCCGGAAUUUCCUAAACUGUAUAUGAUGGCUGGACAAUUUUACGAGGCGUUGGAUCCACCUGACUUCGACAAAGCGAAAAAAAUGUAUCGUGAAGGCAUACAGCGAUGUCCAAAAUCUAUUGCCCUGUGGACCCUAUCUAGUCGCUUAGAAGAGACGAUGAAUGGUGUGACAAAGGCACGCUCGGUACUGGAAAUGGGGCGCCUCAAAAAUCCAAAAAACGAAGUGUUAUGGCUAGAAGCUGCUCGUUUAGAGGCUCGAUGGAACAAUCCGAAAGGCCAAGAAAUGCUUAUGGCGAAGGCAUUGCAGGAAUGCCCGGAGUCGGGGAUUCUCCUAGCUGAAUCUAUUGAUAUUGCCCCUAGAGCGCAGCAGAAGCGUGCAUCGUUCACUGCACUUAAGAAGAAAGAUAACGAUCCGGCUGUAUGUUUGUCUGUUGCUAAACUCUUCUGGCAAGAGCGGAAAUUUUCGAAAGCGCGCAAGUGGUUAGAACGAACCAUUCAGCUUGACUCUGAUUUUGGAGAUGCGUGGGCUUUCUACUACCUUUUUGAACUUAAACACGGCACAAAAGAAAGCGCUGAAAAAAUUGUGCAACGAGCAAUUAGCGCGGAUCCUCAUCACGGCGAGAAAUGGACGCGUGUUUCCAAGCAAACACAAAAUCGUCGCAAGAAAACUGAAGAGCUAGUCAAGCUGGUAAGCCUUUCACUUCCGAUAGCUGAACAACCAUAA